CACCCACGCUGACGGCGCCGUGGCGACAAGGUCAACCGCCACCCGCCAAAAAGGCCGUUGACUCCAUCGACGACUCGCUCCUCCUCCUCCCCCUCUUCCACCCAAGAUUCACCCCGCCGCGCCACCAGACUCACCACGCUGCCGGCCCCGCCAUGGACGGCCCCGUGCUCGCGCUGGUCGUCGUCGCCGGCGCCUCCGUCGCCGUCGCGGUGCCCUGCCUCCUCCUCGCCUUCCUUUGCCGCCGCAGCCGCAACAGCCUCAAGCCGCUGAUCCACCAGCGCAGCCGCUCGUCCCCCUCGGGCCCGGCGCUCCCGGUCUCCGCGCCGGACGCCUCGUCGUCGUGGUCCUUCUACGGCGCCGACGCGGACGCCUGCCUCGAGAAGCUCUCCCUCGCCGACCUCGCCGCCGCCACGGGCGGGUUCUCCCCGGACAACAUCAUCGGUGACGGGAGCUUCGGGUUCGUCUACCGCGCCGUGCUCCCCAGCGGCGCCGCGGUCGCCGUCAAGCGCCUCUCCGGCGACGGCGCCGCGGGCGCCGGCAACCGCGAGUUCCGCGCCGAGCUGGAGGUGCUCGGCAGCCUCAGCCACCCCAACCUCGCGCGCCUGCUCGGGUACUGCGCCGCCGGCCGCGACCGCAUCCUCGUCUACGAGCUCCUCGAGCGCGGCAGCCUCGACGCGUGGCUCCACGGCGGCGCCGACGAGGACGGCCAGGCGCUACCCUGGCCCGCGCGCCUCCGCGUAGCGCGCGGCGCCGCGGCCGCGCUCGCGUUCCUGCACCACGGCCGGCGCCCGCCCGUGCUCCACCGCGACGUCAAGUCCAGCAACGUCCUCCUCGGCGAGGGGUUCGAGGCCAAGCUCGCCGACUUUGGCCUCGCCAGGAUCGUCAGAGGAAGCCCCGCCAAGUCGCACGUCAGCACCCAAGCCGCCGGCACCGCCGGGUAUGUGGCGCCGGAGAUAUGGGCCGGUGUGGGUGCCACGGCGAAGGCGGAUGUGUAUAGCUUCGGCGUGCUGGUAAUUGAAAUAGUAACAGGUCACCGGCCAAGCUGGCCGGUGAAGGCGAAAAUCGGGGAGAAGGAAGUUGACAUGGUGGAUUGGGCAAGGGAGAAGAUAGGUGCCGGCCAAGCCUCGGAGAUCUUGGAUCGGCGGAUGGGCAUAGGAGAGCAAGGGAAGGAGAUGGACGAGGCGAAAGGGCUCCUGGAGAUCGCGUGGCAGUGUACGGAUUCUUGCCAGAAGAAUCGGCCGACAAUGGAGGAGGUGGUGGCCAUGUUGAACAAGAUCUGAGCUAGAAUGCCAAAUCUAAGUGCCUGCCGUUCAUAUGGGCACACUGAUGGUGAAUUAUUUGCAUAGUGACUUUAGACUUUAGAUGAAGCUUGAAGGCUGAAAGGUGAAUUAUUUGCAUUUAUAGCUUUGAUUCGCUAGAGUUUGGCAGGAAGUAAAAGGGUGUGCCUGCCAUGUUCCAUUGUGUCAUGUGCUUGACCCUAGGUUGAGAGAAAGAAGGAAUAUUUUCUCUACGAAUAAACACCGAUACCUGAUGGUGUGCCAGGAACAAAUAAGUAUUACAUCGUGUCGCUAAUAACAAAAGGGCACAUUCAAUCUUGGUCCA